UACCUAUAAAGUCAACCUUGUCGAGCUUUUCAGUUUGUGUGGUAAGCUUGCGAAAGAAUCAUGAAGCCAACCAGUGUGCUCUUGGGAGUGGUGCUUACUUUGGCGUGUUUCGCCAAGGCGCAGCAGCAGGAACUGUUUUCAUUGAGAGUUAUCCACUUCAACGACCUGUACUCGCGGUACAACCAAGUCAACUUGGAAGGAUUCACCUGUAUCGGACAGGAACUUUGCCAGGGUGGUUAUCCUCGACAGGUUAACGUUGUUCGUCAGUUACAAGCGGAAGCAGAAAACUCACUGUAUGUGAACGCCGGUGGUAAUUUCAAGGGUACGCUCUGGUACACCGUACAUCGAUGGGAGGUCGUUGCGGCCAUGUUGAACGUGCUGCCCGCAGAUGCGUUGACAUUGGGUCGGUUCGAUUUCUUCCAUGGACUGGAAGGCCUUAAUCCCUUCAUGGCAGCGUCAGAAUCACCAAUUGUGUUGACCAACGUGGACAAUUCGGCCGAACCGUCAUUUGUGAACUUUGAACGCUCGGUCGUGGUCGAACGUUCGGGUCGUCGCAUCGGAAUUCUCGGUGUAAUCCGCCCAGACGUAGAGGCCAUUGGUCGUCCAGGAAAUCUAACGUUUUCCGACCCUAUCGAGGCUGUGCGUAUCGAAUCAGCUCGGCUCGCUGAGGAAGGUGUGGACAUUGUUGUGGUGCUAUCUUACUAUGGCCUUGCUAACGAACAGACCAUGGCACGAAACUGUGGUCCGCACGUUGAUCUGAUAGUAGGAGGGUUCUCAAAUACGGUGUUAUUUAGUGGAAACGAUGCGGACUUCCCGCUUGAGGUGGAAGGAGAAUACCCAACAAUUGAGUUACAGCCCGACGGACGAAGAGUUCUGGUGGUGCAGGCUGGCUCUUACGGUCGGUUGGUAGGCAAUCUGACAGUCUUCUUCAAUGAGGAAGGAGAGAUUGAAGAAUGGGAAGGCAACCCAGUGUUUUUGGACUCAAACACGCCCGAAGACCCAGAGGUGAUGGCAGCACUGCUACCAUUCCGAGAGGAGGUAGAAACUCUUGGAAAUCGUACCGUUGCUGUGUCUGAGGUAGGCAUGUCUCGGCAAGACUGUGUUACGGGCGAAUGUUUGCUUGGUUCGCUGAUCACCGAUUCAAUGGUGAGGGCCUUCUUCCCAGUGUACAACGGUAUUGCCCUGCAAAACCGUGGCGGUAUUCGAGGUGAUCUACAAGCUGGUACCGUCACCUACAAACAGCUGUUCGAGGUACUACCGUUUGAGAAUCAACUAUUUUCGUUGCUGCUCCGCGGUGACCAUCUGAUGUCAGUUCUAGAAGACAGUGUACGCAGUGCAACAGUGAACAACGGUACGGUACAGGCUUGGGAUCUCCUGCAGGUGUCAGGGUUGAGAGUGACUUACCGCAUCAGUAAUCCACCUGGCAGAAGAUUGGUCUCACUGGAAGUGCUAUGCCAGCAGUGUACGGGACCAGUGUAUGAACCGAUCAACCCAUUCCGGGAGUAUCGAGUGGCACUUAAUAGUUUCUUAGUCGAGGGUGGUGAUCGAUUCACAACAAUUGCUCGAGAGGGUAUGGAUCUCGAAGAAGGACCGGUAGAUUUGGAUGCUUUUGAAGAGCACGUAGAACGGCUAUCACCACUAAGAGAUGCUGAAGCAGGACGUAUUCGUUUCGUGUUCUAAAACCUAUAGUUAGAAAUACUGAACUUAUAAAAUUUAUGCAUGUCAAGGAGUAAAGAAAUCAAUCAAGAAAGUAUACUGAAAAUCAAUUUCCUAUGUUGCAGUCUUGUCCAAUUGACGACUUCUAUCAGGGCCUUCUCCUAAGAUGACAAUACUUAAAACUACAGUGCACAACAAGAAACUUGUGAAACCUUCAGGAUAAACAUAGAAGUAUGUUCUUUAGGUUUCAUGGGAAUUCGAUUUGACUUUCUAUGUUGUCCUAAAUUCCUUCUGUGAUUAAUGCUUUGAUAAAUGUCGUUAUCAAUUUAUUGACCUUACGUUCCAUGAAAAUGAAAAUUAAGGUCGUGAAGUAACGAUUACAGCAUGCACCGGUACGGCAAGAUAACCGAUUGAGUGAUAUCGUAGUCUAACAACAUUUGGUAUCAAAGUGACGCAAAAGAUGACGACCCAUUAUUGCAAUAUCGGUUACAUACAACAGUUUUUAGCAUCUUUCUUGUGGGUGUUUUAAACACAACUAAAUUGAAAAAAAACUUAAUGUAGAAACUACCUUCUAAUAAAGCUUUAUUCUCAAUCCUUCUUUUUACGCUUUAUAUUGACCAUAUUGUUGUGAAAGAGGAAGAGAAUCAAUCUCUUAUUCUCAUACUCCCUUU